CACGUGCUAUCAAUAAAGGCAACGGCACCCGUAUCGGGAAACCAAAGAGGUCUUUUCAAUUCACGUUUAUCCUUUGCUUUAGAAUUCGAGCCUGGGGUUACCUGGAUUCUAAUUUAAACAACUCAGGAGACAACUCAAAAACUGCGGGAAAAAGGAAUUCCGGGGGCCUACUAAACUUAUCAAUCAACAACCAAAUCAAAAUUACAUCAUGUCACAGCCUGAUUCUCUAAGUUGGACGCUACUGUUCAAAAAGCACAAGAUGACUGUGCUCCUGAUGUUCCCACCUUCCGCAACGAUUCCAACCGCCCAAGCUACACUUCUCCGAGCCCUUCAAUCACGCGGUCUAACAGAAAUCAAUGGCGAUCCGGUACCGGAAGACUCAUCAGAUAUUGAAUUUGGUAUUGCAGUAGACAAAAAUGAUCUAGGAAAGGGUUGGACUAAACUUGAGUUUCAAACGCCGCAGUUCGAUGAAGAUGAAGCACCAAAACGAGGGGCGGGGAGGAGAUCUGCAGCCCCUCUGAGCUUACAAGCGGCUGAAAUUAGAAAUGGACAGCCAGUUGCUUUCAGGUUUCGCAAGCGCGGAGAUGAAACUGAAACGACUGAUGAACUGAUUGACCUCGAACUAGAGGAUCCUGGUUGGGAUGUUGUUCUUCCUAGUCUCGAUGAUGAAGAGGAGGAAAGUUAAAGUAGACCAUAUAAUUUUCUAUCUUGAUGAGUAUUUUGUUUUCAUUGUAUUCUCUUUAUUCUAUGGGUCUAGCGCAGGGCUGGGACGUGGUGCUAUUAGACGGCGUUCAUGAUCUUUCACUGGGUGGCUGAGAAUAU